AUGUUGAAACUUCGUACUCUUCAAAACCAAAAGGAUACAAUCGUUCUUUCAGCCGAGGAAGUCGAAAGGAUUCGUCGACUUGCUGCCGUCAGAAAACCAGAUGAUUCGGCAGAAAUUGAAAAAACAAGACAAUUACAAGCUCAUGAAAAAACAUUAGCAGUUACUAAAGGCUGGGCAAACUCUAUUGCAAACGAGCGCCAAGCCCGAAUUACAUUCAAACAGAGGGAAAAAGAGAAAAGAGAACAGGAAUUACAAGAAUUAGAUCGUCAAGAAGCACAAAUUCAAAAGGAGAAAAAGAAGAAAGUACUUGACGAAGCUGAACAAAAAGCAUUCUUAGAAAAACCAGAAAUCCGUGCAGUUCACGCACAAAUUUUAUUACAUGAAGUCGUUAAAGAGCGUCAACGCCAAAUUCGCGCUAAAGAACGUCGUAAAGAGGCUGAGCAACUCCGUGAAGAUAUGGAAAUUGAAGAAGAACGUAAGAUGCUCAAAGAAGCUGAAGAAAAAGAAACAAUGGCAUACUUAGAACGUCGUAGGAAGAACGCUCAAGCAGCCAAGGAGUUCCAACGCCAAGCUGCAGAAGCAUCUCGUCGUAAAGCCGAAGAUAAAGCUCGUGAAGCAGAAGAUGAAGCAUUACUCGCUCAAGAAGCUAAGCGCCUUCUCGAAGAAGAGCAAUUACAAAUAAUCAAGCGUCAGCAGGCCCAGCGCGAAGCUGAAAAAGACAAUAAAUUACGAAACCUCCAAAUCAUGGAAAUCCGCGCUCGCCAAGCCGAAAUCGAGAGAGCUGAAUACGAGCGUAUCAUGAAGCUCGCAGAACAGCAGAUGGAUGAAGAAGAUCGUCGUAAUGCGGCCGAAAAGAAGAAACGUCAGGAAAGACAAGCCGCCAUUGACGCACUUAUCGAGAAAGAAGCCAAGAACUUGGCAGAGAUCAAAGCCGCACAGAACAAAUUCGAAGAGAAGCAGAUUGGCGACGAAUUUGAGAAAGAUCGCAAGAGAACACUCGAAUUACAGGCCAAGCAAGAAAGGCUUGCUGCAGAAAGAAGACAGGAUUACUUGGAUGCCAUCAAGAAAAUCGAAAACAACAAGAAGAGGGCACAAGAAAAGAAAGCCGUUUUUCCAAUGGACGAAGAAACCGAAAGACAAAUUAAUGAGGGCUGGGAGUUAGAAGUAAAGAAGAUGAAUGGUCUCAAGGAGUUGGCGGAGUUCCAGAGAAGACAGGCACAAGAAAAGAAGGAAAGAGAAGCUGCAGAAAGAGAAAGAGAGAAAUUAGAGUACAUGAAGGCCAUCGAAGAUGAAGAUAAUAAGACUGCGGAGGCUCAGGAAUAUGCUAAGGAAAUGCUUACAUCUAUCAAACAAAGAAGAAGACAUUAA